AAGUUUUUAGUGUGUAAUUUUAAGUAUUUUCUUAAUUAAAAAAUAAUAUAAAUUAAAAAAUCUAUCAAUAAAAUGCAAAGAAUUGUGAUAAAAGUGUUUAAGUAGAAAAAAAGUAAAUUUUUGGUAAAAUAGAAAAAAAAUGAAAAGGAAAAUUACAAGACAACUACAACUACUAGCAGCAGCCGCUGGCCGUUGUAGCCGCAGAGAUAGCAGCAGCGGUAGCAAUAAAAUAUAUUAGAAAUUCCCUCAAUAACAAAAAAAUAUAUAAAAAAAUAAAAAAGGGAGAAGACGUGUAAACGAAAAUAACAAACAAAAAAAGGAUAGAAGAAGACAAAAUUCUAUUUUGUUGGUGUCAGCAACAGCAGUAGUAGUUUUUUUUUUAAACUUUAUUAAAUCUUUAAAAAUUAAUAAAGAUUUUGAUAAAAAGAAACUUUUACUUUGAUUAGUUUUUAUACCAAGAAAACCCUUUUUAAAAAUAAACGUCCAACUAUGGUCUCUACACGUCAAAUGGCCACGAGCAGCAGUAGCAGUGGUAGCAAUGGCGGUGGUGGUAAUAAUACAACAAAUUCCAUCUUAAAUAGCACUUCUUCGGAGGAUACAAAUUUGUUACGUCCCUCAGUGGUUACCAGACAAUCUAAUACAACAAGUGUUGUUAAUACUAUGCCUUCUUCUUCUUCAUCAUUAGCUGCAAAAACAACUGCUUCUCAAACAAUAAUAACAACAACUCAAACAGCAGUAGUAGCUGCUGUUGCUGCUACUUCGGCAAACGCUUUUACAACUAGUUGUGUACGACAAACGCAGGCGUUUAAAACUUAUGGGAUUACUACAAAUUCUUCUACAACUGUUUGUCAGCAGCAGCAGCAGCAAACGUCUAAUAUAAAUCUAUUAGAUUUACCCGAAGAGAUAUUAACUAAGAUCUUAACAUAUAUUGGUUAUAAAAAAAUUGGACAAUUGCGAGUGGUUUCACACAAAAUGAAUGAUGUCUGCAUGCACAUCUUAAAUUCGACCUUUUCCAAGUUGAUUACAAAAACGUAUAAUCGUUUUCAAGCCAUUAAGGCAAAUAUGCCUAGACGUGAAUCGGCCAGACGUAAUCAUCCACUUGCUUGCGAGUGUGAUAUUAUAGAGACCUGCUAUAUGCGUCUAUCACUCUUACAAAUGACAUUUGGCAAACAUAUCGAACGAGGACAUUGCUGUUUUUUCCCGGGAGCAAUUUUAGAUGAGGUAUAUACUAUAUUAAAUUAUAUUAAAAAUACCCCAUGUUUGGAGAGACCUUAUCGUGUUACCGAUGAACUCUUCGAUUUAUCCACCAUGGCCAUGGAAUACUUUCGUGAUCGCAUAGAAUCUACGUUGCCUGGUAUUGCAUAUUUCAAUAAGGAUUUCUUUAAACUACCCACUACAACGAAAAGACCUUUAGUUAUAGCCUCUGAUUUAAAUGAUAGCCCUGAUAGUUUACCUUCACCGCCACAAAGUAAUAUGGUUUUACGUAAAGGUAUACGUAAAAUCAAACAAGGCAUGAAAAUCUACAAUAAUCAAUUAUCUGUUCUACGCAAUGAAUUACGCACUUGUAAACGUAAAUCGGUGGAACAGGGCAAACAAAUAGCUGAACAGCAAAAACUUUUAGCCGAACAGCGUAAACAAACUCUGGAGUAUGCCAAUCGUUUGGAUGAGAAUGAUAAAAAGAAUGAGGAAAUGUCACGCAAGUUUUCGACACUAUUACAGGAACUUAACAAAUGUAAAACCGAAUUACAAUAUUGGCGCUCUAAAAGUCCGGCCAUACCGACUUGUAACUCAUGCGGUCACAAAGUAACACCCAUACUACCGCCCGAAGACUAUCAGGCUCUCAUUAAUCAGGGAGUAAAACCUGAAGAUAUUAUACUUAAUUUAAACGAUGAUACCGAUGCUGAAAGUGAUGUCAGCAUGAACGAUAGUGGCUGUAAUAAUUUAAGUAAUGAAUUUGUAUUUCCCGAUGAGGCAACCACCGCCAAAUUAUUGGCUGUCAAUACAGCUACAAAAAAUCUUAAACGACAACAUACAACAACAACAACACCAACGUCCAAUAUACAUAUAAUAAAUAAUAGUAAUAGUAGUAAUAGUGCAACAACAACAACAACAAAAUUAACACAAGACAACGAAACAACAGAGUUAACAGAAUUUUAUGAACUAAAUGAUGAGGCUUCAACCAGUUCAAGUGCUUUUAUAGCAACUGCUGGCUAUUCAACAAGAUUAUUUUAUGGUUCUAUGGGAACAGCAACAACAACAACAACAGCACCAACAUCAACAACCUUACAUAGAAGUGUUAUUGUCUCACCAACUUCUUCAAGCCAAGUUAAAUGUAUUGUUAAUAAUACCGAACAACAACAGCAGCAGCAGCUGCAACAGCAACAGCAACAUACUGCAGCAAAUAUUGUUAGUGUUACUGAGUGUGUUGCUAAUAAUGCUGCAACUUCCGUAGAGGAGGUUAACAGUCUACAGGCCAUUUCAUCGCAUGAAACCAAGAAAGCACGUAGAGUACAAAAAACUACUAGAUGUUUAACGAACUCUAGUAAUAAACGUAAAUAAUAAAAAAAAACAUUUAAAAAACAUA